AAAAUUAAAUUCAGAAAAAUACCAAAUGAAGUAAAGCAGCUAUAAAUGUGACACAUCUUAACUUAGUUGCAAUCCAGUUUAUGUGGGAAGAGGAAUAUGCUGUAAAUCUGCAAAGAUGUCUGGUGAAAGAGAACAGACAAUGCACACGAUAGAGGAAUGAUUUAACACUCAUGUAUCAACAAGAUCCUGACAGUUUACUGGAAUAAUAAUCACCCCCUCACUUAUUCACCCCCAUGACGAUCUUUUGUGCUGUUCAUUCCUGCUCUUCCUCAAACGUUAUGCCAUCAGUUUCACAACAUUUUGUGGCUCCAUGCUAUCCACGUUUUGCCUCUUUUAUAACAAGGCACUACAUUUCUGUCAAUAAGCUGUAUUGUUGCUGUUCCACACCGGGCAGCAGAUGCAUUGUCAACAGUUUUUCAUAAAGCUGGCAUGCAUACCAGUACCACAGAAUAAAAUGUGUAGCAGGAACUACUGUCACAUUGACACCCAGUGAGCUCAAGCUGGCUUCCUGUUGUCACUGGAUUUUCUCUAUGAACACUCUUACUCAAUAUACUUUUAAGGUUUUCUCUUCACACACAGUCUUCAAAGCAAAGAGAGAAGCUUGAGAGUCAACAGUAGAUCAGUCAAGGUGUACAAUAGAUGGAAAUUGGUAAACCUUUGGAGUGGAUUGAUUGUUGCCGCCUUUAAAAAAAAAGAUCAGCAGUGUAAGGUUGUGUCAGAUUCACAGCUGCUGAAGCCGAACUCUGAUUCAUUAGAGGCUUUCGUGAUGGCAUCCAAUAUCACCACCACCACCACCUCCCAGCCGUCCUCUAUGCCCAUCAGCGCCCAGGUCGGCAUCGCCAUCCUGACCCUGGCGUUUGUGCUGGGCUUCCCCGGGAACCUGUUUGUGGUUUGGUCGGUGUUCUGCCGGGUGAAGAAGCGCUCAGUGACCUGUUUGUUGGUGCUGAAUGUGGCUAUGGCGGACGCUUUCGUGCUGCUCAGCGCCCCUCUUUUCCUACGCUACCUGGCUGGCGGACGGGGCUGGGAGUUUGGCUCGGCCGCAUGCAAGCUGGUGCAUUACCUGUCAAGUGUGAACAUGUAUGUGUCCAUUUACCUCAUCACUCUGAUGAGCAUGGACCGCUGGCUGGCCGUAAAUAGGCCUUUUCUGUCCCAGAGAAUGAGAACCAAGCGUUCCCUGCUGAUUCUACUGCUGGUGGUCUGGGUGUUAGCGUUCCUCCUGUCACUGCCGAUGCCUUUCUACCGAAGUAAUCUGAAGAAGGCCCCAUCAGACAAUAUCAGUUAUUGUAUCAGAUACCACUGGGGGAGCACGGGUCACCGGGUCUUCCAGUACCUGUUUGAGACCAUCAUGGCCUGCCUGUUGCCUUUCUCCCUCAUCAACACCUGUUACUCCUCCGUCAUCUGCCGUCUGCAAAGCGCCAAGUUCCAGCGCAGAGGACAAGGCAGCCGCCUCAUCCUGCUAAUCAUCUCCGCCUUUGCAGUAUUCUGGCUGCCCUAUCACAUCGUCAACAUCAUAGAGGUGGUCGGUCUGUUGAAGGGCAGUGCUCCAGUGAUCGACGCCGCCGCUGCAGCCCGUCCAAAUGUCACUGCCUUCGCCUACUUCAGCAGCGCUGUCAACCCCAUUCUCUAUGUGUUCGCUGGCAGCUCCCACAUCCGCCAGGCCGGCCUCAGUUUCAUGGGCAAGCUCUUCGAGGCCACCAACUCGGAAAGCAGGAGCACGUCUACCCGUAGCGGCCGCAUGAGUCGCAGCAGCUCUUCACCAGAUGAAAGCUCUGUCCUGCACACACUCUCGAGCAAACUGGGAAGUCCUUUCAAAAGCAAGAACAAGGACAGGAGCAGCAGUGUGGCAGGCAAAGAGGUUGAUCAGCCUGAACUCAAGACUUUGGCCAGUGUUGAGAUGAUAGAAUAGUUUUUCCUACUUUCCCCAACUCGUUGAUUAGACACAGACUGUGUUGACUCGUAAUUUGCAUCAUCAAGCUUUACUUACGUUUUUUUAUAUCUGGGAAUAUUUCAACAACUAUU